GCCGAGCCGCGGCCCAUCUCAAUAUAUAACUCGAAUUUCGUCCGCCUCCCACCGCCCUCCCUUCCCUUCCCCCCCUCGUCCCCCACCCCUCCCAUCCCCGACUGACCCUCCUAAGCCGUAUCUCGUACACCUCGCCGCCUUAUCGCACCGCUAUGCAGAAGCCCACGCUCACGAAUGUGCAUAUCCGGUCUGCUGACGAUGCCCACAAGGUAUUCUACGCAGUCCAACUCGGUCUUCUGACCAAGAUCGAGAAGCGUCUUGAUGCGCACGAGCGAGCCGCGCUGCGACCUGGCGACGUGUAUGUGUGGGAGAAGAAGGGUCCGACCGGGGAUGCUUUCUCCGUCAGUAUGGAACGCUUCACGGAAGGCAAAUCAUGGACCGCGUCGCGUGUCCGCGAGGACUUUCUCAUGUACUUUGAGAACAUCCAGAAACCGAAGGGAAAAGGUGGACCUGCACAAAAAGCCAAAUCGUCCGAAAACAUCGUUGUGCGGCCAGGCGAGCACGAUCAGUACAUAAAGCAAACAUAUUCCGUGUACCGCAACGAGCCGGAGGACCAGCAGGACAUGGCUGGUCCCGAUGGGAAGCCUAGAGAGCCGCGGAAGUGGCACCUCAAUGCGUACUUCACCAAGCUAACAGAGGGCACGCUACAAACCAUCGACGAUAUUCCGAUGCUGCGAGACUUGGUUGUACCGGAAGGCAUCUUUCGUAGCGCUCGCACGAGCAAAGCUGGCAAGAAGGGCGAGCCGUCUAAGGUGUCCAGCUCGAGCAAGCGCACUUUCGCGCCAUUCCCUUCCAAUUACCGCGCGCAUCAGGCGAUGCAACCAGCGUACGAACCCCAGUCCGGACCACCUGUGGCGCCAACGUCAUCUCCAACAAACUGGUCUACAUCGUCCUCCUCGACGCCGCAUUUCCAGUCGCAUUACGGACUACCUCCGCCUCCGCCAGCAACCACAACAGCCCCAGCCUCAGCACAACUACCAGGUCCUUCCUCCGCUUUCGCAAGCGGUACCUCCUCCUGAAACUGUUUGCAUGAUACCCGAUCCAGAUGAUUUCGUGGCUAGACCAACCACGUCGCCGGAGGUGAU